AUGCAUACCUUAUUUCUGAUUUUAUCCACGUUUGUCUGGGUGGUGAAAUGUACUCACCUCUCGUACACCAUAGAGGAAUAUGCAGCCUUGUCUAGCGCGCUCCUCGAUAAUUAUUCCAGUAAAAUCCGCCCGAUCUGGGAACAGGGACAGAGUUUAAACAUGGAAGUCAGUUUGUGGAUAUCCGCCAUUAAUGACGUAAGCGAUGUGGACCAAAAGAUGAUCACCACCGGGUACCUGUAUGUUAAAUGGAAGGACGAGAUGAUAACGUGGGACUCAACGACAACAGGGAUCUACUGGAUGCAGUUUAACCAAAAAGACCUCUGGAUGCCAGAUUUGGUUCUAAAGAAUGGAUUCACGGCUUUUAAGCCGCUAGGUGGGGAUUUUUACUUUGUUUUUGUUGACUUUGAUGGAACUGUUAGUUGGUAUCCGUACGCGGUGUUUGAAUCAAAGUGCGAUAUAGAUGUUACCUAUUAUCCGUUUGAUAGACAGACAUGUAAUAUAGUGUUCAAGACAUGGAGUUAUAGUCGAUCGGAAAUCAACCUGACGGUGUCUGAAGAAAUGGUUGGGUUUUAUGAAUUUGUUCCGAAUAGCGUAUGGGAAGUGACGUCAACAGAUGCAACGUAUGACAUGUCAUACUCGGAAGCAGAUAUUACAUUCAUUAUUAAUCUUCGUCGAAAACCUUUCUAUUACAUCAUAAACUUAUUCCUUCCAAUAACCUUUCUUGGUAUUCUCAGCCCCGUGGUCUUUAUUAUUCCCGCAGACGCUGGAGAAAAAAUGGGCUAUGCCGUGACCAUAUUUCUGACAUUUGUUGUAUUUCUUACGAUCGUUAAUGGACAACUUCCGGUCAACUCUGAAAGUGUAUCCAAUAUGAGUAUUUACCUGAUCAUAAAACUACUCUUCGGUGCUCUUAUCAUUUUCAUCACCUCAUUGCAACUUCGACUACAUCACAGAAAGUCGGAUCGAGAAAUAGGCAAGGUAUUCCGUUGUAUGGUGAGGAUAGAGCGUCGACUGCGAUGUCUGAAUAAAAAUUCGAUAGACAUCGCAGGGACAGAAAGCAAGGACACCGAGAUCAAAGAAAUUGGACCCAGCAUAGAGUGGAUCGAUGUGUCGUCUGCCAUAGACUUUUAUUCUUUUUGGGUUUUGCUCCUCGCAGAUAUAGUAAUAUCUGCCGUCUUAUUUACAUAUUCCGCCAUGCAUUAAAACCCGAGGUGGUGUAUCCUUACUGCUUCAUAGCUGAGAGAUCCCACGGGUCUAGAUAUACUGACAUUACACCUAUGCACGUUUAAACGUACUUUGGAAGAAAAGGUUUCCAACAUUUGAUUUAGGAAUCUUAAUUCGCUUAAGAGUCUUUGUACACCAUAUAGUCCUUUACGUUCCAGUGUUCGGAAAUGCUUCCCUAUAUACUAUUUAUCAUUUGUAUAUGU